GCGAAGAUUAUGGCGAGCGGUUGAAUUGAAGCCGAGAGAGAAUUGAACAGCGAAGUAGCCGUUGGAUGGUGGUGGUGGGACUGGGAUCAACUCAACAGAAUCUAUCGAAACAAAACCCCAAAUUCACAUUCAGCCCCAAGGCCCAAGUUCCGUCGAUCCAACCAACCUCCUGCAAAUGACGCUCAACGCUUCCCAUUUUGUCGCCAAUUUCGAGCCCAAACGGGAUGCAUAUGGAUUUACUGUGAGACCUCAGCAUCUUCAUAGAUACAGGGAGUACUCUACCAUCUACAAGGAAGAGGAAGAGGAAAGAUUUCACAAGUGGAAUUGCUUUCUGCAACAGCAAACAGAGUCUACUGUAUCUCCGGAGAAUGUCAAAACUGUGGAACCUGAAGUUACGGAGCAGCAAAUUAAGCCUAUUCAGCAGUUGACUGCAGAAGGGGAUGCUUCAGGUGGAGUUGAGUCUGUUCCAGACAUACUCGAAGAAACUGAUGCUGAGAAGGAGGUGCCAGCUAUUAUACCAAAGGAAUCUUCUGAGGUGCAUAAGUGGGUCCCUGUUAGACCAUCUCUCUGUCACAUAGAGGAUAUGAUGAGUUCUCGUGCAAAGAAGGGAAAAAGCAUGAUAGAUGAGCUUAUAACCACUGACCAUAACCAUCUUCCCUCAAUUUUGGAGGAGAGUCACUCAGAAGAGGAACUUGAGCAAGCACAUGAAGAAGAACACUACGACAGCAAAAGGGAUGCUAGCCCUGAUGCUCCUAAAGAAAGAGGUGCUUCCAUCAAUGGAGUCUGUACAGAACCCUUGUUUCCUUGGAAAGAACUGGAGUUCCUUGUUCACGGAGGAGUGCCAAGGGAUUUGAGGGGAGAGGUAUGGCAAGCCUUUGUUGGAGUUAGGACACGCAGGGUAGAGAGAUACUACCAGGAUUUGCUGGCUCCAGAAAGUGAUGCUGGUAAGGACCGGGAUGGUGAUAAAUCACAAUCACUUGAAGAUAGAAAGGGACCGAAUGAGAAUAGUGUCCAUGUGCCUGAAAGUUUGAGAAAGCAAAUUGAGAAGGAUCUGACUAGAACAUUUCCUGGACAUCCUGCAUUAAAUGAAAAUGGUAGAAAUUCUUUGAGGCGUUUACUUUUGGCAUAUGCUCGACAUAACCCAUCAGUUGGGUAUUGCCAGGCUAUGAAUUUUUUUGCUGCCUUAUUACUUCUUAUGAUGCCUGAGGAAAAUGCCUUUUGGACUUUGGUCGGUAUCAUUGAUGAUUACUUUGAUGGUUAUUACUCUCAGGAAAUGAUAGAAUGCCAGGUUGAUCAACUUGUUUUUGAGGAGUUGAUGCGUGAAAGGUUUCCUAAACUGGUCAAUCAUCUCGAUUACUUGGGAGUGCAGGUUACAUGGAUAUCCGGGCCAUGGUUCCUUUCAAUUUUUGUGAAUAUGCUUCCAUGGGAAAGUGUUCUUCGGGUUUGGGAUGUUCUUUUGUUUGAAGGAAAUCGUGUUAUGUUAUUUCGGACAGCACUUGCUUUGAUGGAGUUAUAUGGUCCAGUUAUAGUCACAACCAAGGAUGCUGCAGAUGCCAUAAGUUUAUUGCAAUCCUUGGCUGGUUCAACUUUUGAUAGCAGCCAACUUGUUUUGACAGCUUGCAUGGGUUUCUUGAGUGUCACUGAAGAUAGAUUGCAAGGGCUAAGAGAGAAACACCGGCCAGCUGUACUUGCAGCUGUGGAGGAAAGAUCGAAAGGGGCUCGAGUUUGGAAAGACCCCAAAGGUCUAGCAACUAAGCUGUAUAGUUUCAAGCAUAAGCCUGAAUCCCUGAUAAAAGAUCCUAGAGUGGAAGAAGCUUCAGGUGACAAGCUAAUUGGUGGUGAUGUAUCACAUUCGGAGUCUCAUGCUACUACUGAUUUGAAUGAAUUGCUUGAUGGCUUAAACAUUGAUUCAGAAGUAGAUUCACUUCCAGAUCUUCAAGAACAGGUUGUAUGGAUGAAGGUGGAGCUGUGCAGAUUACUAGAGGAAAAAAGAACUGCAAUUCUAAGAGCUGAAGAGUUGGAGACAGCCCUUAUGGAGAUGGUCAAGCAAGAUAAUAGACGUCAACUGAGUGCAAGGGUUGAGCAGUUAGAGCGUGAGGUAGCUGAGUUACAGCAAGCACUUUCUGAUAAGACACAGCAGGAGAAUGCUAUGAUUCAGGUCCUGAUGCGAGUUGAGCAGGAACAGAAAGUAACAGAAGAUGCUCGAAUUUUGGCUGAGCAAGAUGCAGCUGCUCAGAGAUAUGCAGUGGAAGUUCUUCAGGAAAAACACAACAAAGCUCUGGCUUCAAUUGCUGAGAUGGAAAAGAGAGUAGUUAUGGCAGAAUCGAUGCUGGAAGCUACUUUGCAAUAUGAAUCUGGCCAAGUUAAAGCUCUAGCUUCUCCCGGGUCUGUUCAUCCAGAUUCUCCUCGGGAUAUGCCAAGGAGGACUGGUUUGCUCCCUUUCGGCCUUGGCUGGCGUGAUAGGAACAAGGACGCAUGAAUGUGGAGAUUGCAGAAGCAUCAGACUUUGGUUGUAUGGGGUGAUAUCAGUCAUUUUCUUCUUAAAGAAGGUAAAAACCCAUCAAGGUAAACAGAGUGAUGCUGCUGUAAGUGUUGAAAGUAAGUCUGGUAAUGAGGGCGUUGAUACAAGCAGUGUACAUAUUCAGGCGAAUGGCCAUCAAGGAUAGCAAAAUGAACUUGAACAGAUGGAAGAUAUAUUCUCAGCUUCAAGCUGAUGGCUGGUUGCCAAUCACGUCCUUCUGCCUUCGUUUGUGGAGAAUCAGAAGCCUAGCCUUUUUUGUUGUUGGCAAUGGUAUAUUGAUGCAUUAUGAGCCAAGUAUCUUUCAUUUCACACUUUUAUGUAACUAUAUUGUGAAAGAAAGGAAAUCUCGGUUAUCAUUCUUUUGACUAGAGAACGUCUGUAAAAGUUAUGAUACUCUUACUAGUGGGAUGUUAGACUUGCUGUUUC